AUGCCUAAGGGUCUUUCUACUGCAUUUAAUAUAUUAUUCUAUUCUCCAGCUCCUAAGACAACUUCUGUAACCAAAAUAAUUAUGGAAAAUAUAACCACAAUGAACAGAUUUCUCCUCCUGGGUUUCUCUGACAAGCAUGACCUGCAGAUCUUGCAUGCUUUGUUCUUCUUGGUGACGUACCUAUUCGGCUCAGCAGGUAACUUCAUAAUUAUCACCAUCACAUCACUGCAUCCACAGCUCCACUCUCCAAUGUAUUACUUUCUGAAGCACCUUUCCAUUCUGGACCUCUCAUCCCUCUCUGUCACAGUUCUCCAGUAUGUUGACAGUUUAAUGGCAGGAAGUGGCUAUAUUUCAUAUGGACAGUGCAUGCUGCAGAUUUUUUUCUUUGAAGCCUUUGCCUGGGGUGAGGUGGCCAUUCUCAUAGUGAUGUCAUAUAAUUGUUAUGUGGCUGUUUGCCUUCCACUCCACUAUGAGGUCAUCAUGUGUCCCAAAAAGUGUACAUGGGCUGUGACAGGAGUAUGGCUAAGCACUGGCAUUCUAGGAACCCUGUAUAUAGCAACCAUAUCCUUUAUCAGAUUCUGUAGGGCCAAAAUAAUUCACCAAUUAUUCUGUGAUGUCCCCCAGUUGCUCAAGCUCUCCUGCUCUAAUGAUCAUCUUAUAACAAUGGGAGUGGUCAAUUUUUUGUCUGUAAUGGCCUUUGUCUGCUUUAUUGGGAUUGUCAUCUCCUAUGUCCACAUACUUUCCACAGUUCUCAGGAUGCCCUCUGAUGAAAGCAGGUCUAAGGUCUUCUUUACUUGCCUGCCCCAUCUUUUUGUUGUUUCAUUGUUUCUUUCUACAGGAACCUUUGCAUAUCUAAACCCAACCUCAGACUCUCCAACUGCUUUGGAGUCUUUAUUAUCUAUCUUUUACACAGUACUACCUCCAACAAUCAACCCUGUUAUUUAUAGUCUGAGAAAUGAGACCAUAAAGAGUGUUGUAGGGAAGUUAUUGUUGAGUACAAAAUUCACUGUUAGAAUCAUUUUGCUGGAGAGAGCAGUGGCAGCGGAGGUGGUAGAUCUUUCUGUGGAGCACACACUGGUUUGA